AGCAAUUGGUAGGGAGGGGUUAGUCAAGAAUAUGGGUUUUUGGAGUGGGGAUGAUUGGGCAUGGGAUUGUCAAUGGAGACAUCAUUGUGUGGAGAGGGCGAGUAGUGAGGAGGAACAGUUUAGGGACUUGAUUAAUGGAGUAAAGGUGAGGAAUGAUAAAAUUGAUUUUUGGAGACGGGUUCAUAAGGGUGAUGGUGUAUAUUUUGUGAAAGCUGCUUAUGCUUUUCUAACACCUCUAGAUUGUAUUCUUGAUAAGAGGUGGACUAGAGUUAUUUGGUCCAUUUCCCGAUUCUGCUCUUCUUCUUCCCGCUGCAGCCCGAGAGAAAAAAAAAAAAGAGGAACCCAGCCAUGCCUUGGAAAAUUGGUAAGGAAGCUUGGUAUUUUCCCCUUCCUUUCUUGCUCUAGAACACUUCUAGAACCCAGAAAUUUCCCCCCCUGCAGGAAGCUUCCGGAUCUGCUCUGCUCUUCCCUCUGCUGUCCGCCGGCUGCUCUUGUUUGUGGGGGCGAAUUGCUUCGGUUUUUGUUCCCGUGAGUUUCUCCCCUGCACUUGCCGCCGGCCUUCCCCAAUCUGCUAGCUCCGGUUCCUUGCUUGUAAAUUCUGGCAUGGAACCUUAAGUGGUAAUAGAUUAUAUUCUUUUCAUGAGGAAGUCACUUGACAAAGCAAAAAUGUAUCAAGUAUGCCUUCUAGAUCAUUUAAAAGUCUUAUUUAAGCAUUAGUGCUUUACAUUUGAGCAUAUAUAGUCUUUCCAACUGAGUACUAUCAUACAUUUUGUUUGUUUUGAGAAUUAAUUUUGUGUAUUGUAGUUGUUCACUGUUCAGUACCUCAUUCAUUAAGCCACAAGGUCUUCCAGAACUCCAGCUGUAGUUGUGCACGCUUCAGUUAUCAGUAGACCGUCCCUUACUUGAGUAUCACAGCCGCAUUUCCAAUUAGCAUAAACCACAUUCUUUCAGAGAGAUAGUUAAAGGUAUGUCACUGCAAAACCUCAAGAAAUGUUUUUGUUGUGGACUGUGUAGUUUGGCUUUGAGAAUCAUAAAUAAACAAUUGGUCUGAUUAGUACUUUCUUGUUUUCAUAUAUCAUCUACUUAGGAUGAGCAAUUAUGUGCUAGAGGCUCAAGAUUUUGUUCUGGAUGGCAACAUCUUCAGUAGUAGGAUUAUCAACUUCUCUGAUACAUCAAGGAGCUAACUAGACUUUGCUUUUCUGCACUUUGAUUAUGCUAUAGAGACUUACUACAUGACAAUGGCUGCUACAUUUCAAUCAUCUACCAUUUUGAUCCCAAUGGCAGUAGAAUUAUAUGGGUUGAGUUUUGAUAUAAGAUUUGGUGAACAAAGCUUCUACUGAAGAUAUGGUGAAAAAAAAAUUCUAGAUGUUUGUUUGUACUUUGAUAUUUCACACACUGAAGCAUUCUCCUAAUUCUGUCUGUACACUAAAUCUGUUUCUUUAAA